AGGCGCCAGCUGUCGAUUUGGAAGUUCCGGGGAAGCAGCGCAUGCGCGAGUGUACGCGUUGCCGGCGAAGAGGGGACCCUGACGACUCGGAAAUUUGAAUACCACAGUAGCAUGGAGUGUGACCUCAUGGAGACUGACAUCUUGGAGUCGUUGGAAGAUCUAGGUUACAAGGGUCCGUUGUUGGAAGAUGGCGCUCUAUCUCAGGCGGUCUCUGCUGGAGCCAGUUCCCCCGAGUUUACCAAACUCUGUGCUUGGCUGGUGUCUGAAUUAAGAGUGUUCUGUAAAUUAGAGGAAAAUGUGCAAGCAACUAACAGCCCAAGUGAAGCUGAAGAAUUCCAGCUUGAGGUGAGUGGGCUACUAGGGGAGAUGAACUGUCCAUAUCUAUCACUGACAUCUGGGGAUGUGACCAAGCGCCUUCUUGUUCAGAAGAACUGCCUCCUUUUGCUCACAUACCUCAUCUCAGAACUAGAAGCUGCCAGAAUGCUCUGUGUGAAUACUCCUCCAAAAAAAGCUCAAGAAGGAGGCGGUAGUGAGGUCUUUCAAGAGUUGAAAGGCAUAUGUAUUGCUCUAGGAAUGUCCAAACCUCCAGCCAAUAUAACUAUGUUCCAAUUCUUCAGCGGGAUUGAAAAAAAAUUAAAGGAGACAUUAGCAAAAGUUCCACCUAACCAUGUGGGAAAGCCUUUAUUGAAGAAGCCAAUGGGACCAGCCCACUGGGAAAAGAUAGAAGCAAUUAACCAAGCCAUAGCCAAUGAAUAUGAAGUUCGGAGAAAGCUGCUAAUAAAACGUUUGGAUGUCACUGUCCAGUCUUUUGGCUGGUCUGACAGAGCUAAGAGUCAGACAGAAAAAUUAGCAAAGGUUUAUCAGCCAAAACGUUCAGUUUUGUCUCCUAAAAGUACUAUUUCUGUUGCCCACCUUUUGGCUGCAAGACAAGACUUGUCGAAGAUUUUAAGGACAAGCAGUGGUUCUAUAAGAGAAAAAACUGCCUGUGCCAUCAAUAAGGUGUUGAUGGGCAGGGUGCCUGACAGAGGAGGUAGACCCAAUGAAAUUGAACCUCCACCUCCAGAGAUGCCACCGUGGCAGAAAAGGCAAGAUGGGCCCCAGCAGCAAGCAGGAGGCCGAGGAGGAGGGAGAGGUGGUUAUGAACAUUCCUCAUACGGAGGACGAGGAGGUCAUGAACAAGGAGGAGGGAGAGGUGGACGUGGUGGCUACGACCAUGGUAGCCGAGGGGGAGGAAGAGGAAAUAAGCAUCAAGGAGGCUGGACAGAUGGAGGGAGUGGAGGAGGAGGUGGCUACCAAGAUGGUGGUUAUCGAGAUUCGGGUUUCCAGCCAGGUGGCUAUCAUGGUGGUGGCCACAGUGGUAGCUAUCAAGGCGGCGGUUAUGGUGGCUUCCAAACAUCAACAUAUACAGGAAGUGGAUACCAGGGUGGUGGAUAUCAGCAGGACAAUAGAUACCAAGAUGGUGGGCACCAUAAUGAUCGAGGCAGUGGUCGUGGAGGGAGAGGGGGUCGCGGAGGCCGAGGUGGACGUGGAGGCCAGGGAGGAGGUUGGGGGGGGAGGGGGAGCCAGAAUUAUCACCAAGGGGGACAAUUUGAACAGCACUUCCAGCAUGGAGGUUAUCAGUAUAAUCAUUCUGGAUUUGGACAAGGAAGACAUUAUACUAGUUGAGGCUACAAAACCUUACACUUUUGCUAGAGCUCAAGUAAUAGAAACUUAGUUUCAGAAUCCUGAGUCCAGCAUCAAUUUGAAUUAAUGUGAGACCACAGGUGGCAGGCAGAUUCCUGCUUGGGAUAAGUAUUUGUAGGUCUUCAUUUGGUUCAGUUGGGUUUGUUUGUGGGUUUGUUGUUUUUGUUUUUUUUUUAAAGGACUUACAUAAUGAAGUUUGUUUGAGAAACACGUACAACAUCUCCUUUAUAUAAGAAUUUUUUAAAAGGUAAUUAAAAUUGCCUUUAACCGACCAGUAGACUAAUUCCACAGUCAGAACAUGCAUACUUUUUCGGGAAGAAAUUACUUGAAUAAGUAGUUUUCAAAAAGCAGUUUUUUGGAAAUGAGGAUUCUCCUAGAUUUUUUUAGAUUUUCAACUAGGAAACCUUCCUCAUAUUAACAGUCCAUUUGUAUGUGUUUUCCUGAAAGGAUUCUAACACCUAUUUUCCAAGCACAGUUCUGCCCUGAUUGGCUUUUUAUUCAGAGAGGUUAUGCCACAUUUGCUUCAUGAUAGACUCUUAAGUCAGUUCCUAUUAAAUGAGCUCUUCUGCAGAUAGCACAUUCAGUAGCCUUAUCCUUUUGAUGGAAUACUGUACCAUAUGCUCAAUUCUGAAAACCUUGAACAUGGCCAAAAUCCGUAAAGAUUAUAAAAACAAAAACUAAGUUGUGAACCUAUAGUACAUGUAGGCAUUUAUAUAGUAUAGCAAUUCAGACUGACCUGCAUCCAUUCAAAACAAGUUCCUCCUUAAACCUUAUUUUUACUUGAAAUCUGUUAGAAGAAACAGCGAACUGAAAUUUGUUUUAUGCACGAGUUAAUACCACUGGCUCAGCAAACGCAAGUUAGUUUGCCUUGGGCAGGAGACUUUUUUUGUAAUGGAAGAAAUGCACUACCAAGUAAGAGGACAGAUUUUUGCUUAGUGCAGGAGGCCCUUUAUUAUUGCUGCAGAAAACAAAAGCCUGGCUGAGUUGAUGUUUUACAUUCUCCUUUACUGAAAUCGACAUGAAGCUUCUUGCUGGGUUUUUGUAUACAUAAACAUUGUCAAGCUGUGAAAGAAAAUGGCUGGAGGUGUGCUUUGUGUGAAAGGUGAGCAAUAAAGUAUCUGUAUGUUCUCUC